ACCUUUACAACCAUCGACGAGAUGGCAGAAGGCACGCGCCCUCUUCCCUCAGAACUCAUUCUAUACAUCAUCGAACAGUAUAGGAACGACAAACACACCUUAUCCCUGUGUGCCCUUGUCUGUCGCGAUUGGUGCGCCUUCAGUUGGCCGUUGCUGUUUAAUCGGAUAACAAUCUUGUUUGAUCCCUACCACACACAUCUGUCAUUUACUUGUGCUCAACUCUGCGAUCUCUUAAAUGCAGGGGACUGUUGUCCAUGUGCGAGUUUCAUGCAUGACUUAUCGGUGCGCUCCGUCUGCUCCCCCGCAGGCUCAUCGGACGUACGAUUCCGGCACUUCCAGCUUUCUGAGGCACAAGUCUUGCUAGAGAACUUUCGUAAUCUUCGGUCGCUUUCUCUGACACAGCUAUACAUUGCCAGUCAAUGCCCGCCCUCGGCAGUUCAGGCUUUUCGCUUGUCUCGCCUCAUCCUCGAUGACGUGGUUGUAGACCCGGUCUGGUUUGAUCUCUUGAAGAUGUUCUCCGAGAUUCAAGAACUGCACGCCGUCAAUCUCUACCACAUUACGAUCGAAUCUCUCUCUGAUGGGAACCGGAAAUGGAUGCACCAUCCUAUGAUAAUCCGUACUCUAUUCCUGGAAGAAUACUCUAAUACCAUGCGUUUCAACUUUCCGGUAAAAGCGAUAGCUGUAGGAGCUAUAACUCGUAUAUCAUGCGGAAUCUCCUCACCUGAAGCCCUCGACCAUUUAUCAUCGUUUCUACGACCCGCUGUCUCAACCAACCUGACACACUUACACAUUAUCCUGGACUAUACGUACUGCAGAGAUAUUGCCUCUUUGAAUUGGACGUCGCUGUCAGGCCACCGUCAGAGGUCAUUCACGGACUUCCAUGUGACAGUCAAGUAUACCGCCGAACACCACGAUUACCAUCCCGGGUAUGAAUGUCUGCGGUCGUUUCUGCGUCAAGCCAUAGACUCCCUUCCCUCACAUGUUAUUACACAUCUCUCAAUCGUCAUCUCAAACCUUACAGAGACCUAUCGAAUCUUCCCUUGGGGUAUCCUCGAUACUGCUCUGGAAAGAUUCUCGAAGUCGAACUUGAUUUCGAUAGUCCUUGCCGAUGACACGCUAUGUCUUGAUGGUGAUCUAGGUGCUGAAGCAAGUCACCACAUCUGGUCGAAUAUGCAUAGCACGCGCUCGAGAGAUAUCCUGGAAAUCGUGAACAAUGCGACUGAAUGGAGACCGCAUGAUCGGGCUUAUGGGGACGAUGAGGGAUACUUCAGGCCACCUCCGACCCUGUUCUCUCUACCGAAGAACUGAGGAUCGUAUCAAGAUGAGGGCGCUUCAUCAAAACAUCGUCCACUUGGCAUAAUGAUCUCAAGUUCCAACCGGCUCCUCGGCCAUAGAUAUCACCAUUCAUCCCAUUUUCCUGCUUCUGACACUCGACCAUCCUAAUUCGAAGACACCUUGAUUAUUAGACUGUGUUCGCUGCACUGCCUUCUUCUGCCGGCCAAGUCCAUAAAGGAUAUCACGGCUGGUUGGUUCAGCACCUCAUUCCUCUCAAUAUGUCUCCGGCUUUCGACGGAAUGUGAAAACGGCCCGUUAUAUAGACUUAUUGAUGCUUCUCUUGUCCGCCUGCUGUGGACAUUAUGUGCUUAGUCCCGCUGACCGGGAAAUAUGGCAAUACAACCUUUUGCUAU